AGUCACUGCUCGCAAGGAGAUCGUCCAGACUCCCGCCCGGUCCAAUCUCCUUCCCGGUGGUGGGAUCUUUGCUCUCGCUCCGCCAGCCCCUCCACCGCCACUUCGCGCGCCUGGCCGAUCGCUACGGCCCCAUCGUCUUCCUCAAGAUCGGCAUGGUUCCAUACGUUAUCGCCAACACCGCUCGCGCCGCCGAGUUCUUCCUCAAGAUCCACGACGCCGAGUUCGCCAAUCGCCCCCAGUCGGAGGAGUUCUUCCGGAUCUUCAGCUUCGGCUGGAGCGACCUGGCCUUCCGCUCACCGGGGCCCGAGUGGAAGCUCAUGCGCAAGAUCUGCGCCACGAACCUCUUCAGCAACGCUAUGCUCGCCACCAGCGCCCCCUACCGCCGAUCGCAGCUCCAGUCCGCCAUGGACGCCAUCCUCGAUCGAUCACGGGGCGGCGAGCCCGUGAACUUGCGGACCCUCCUCGCCCGAUACACGUCGGGGUCGCUGUGCCUGACGCUCUUCAGCGAGGAGUGUCUCUCCCGGUGGUGGAGACGAUCAACAACAUGGCCGGGCAGGCGAUCAACCUCAACAUCGGCGAGAUCAUCCCGUCGCUCGACUGGAUGGAUCUCCACGGCGUCUACGCCACGAUGAGGGGCGAGAUCAUGCCCCGGAUCAAGGCGCUGCUCGACGAUCAAGUCCGGGAGCACCAGGAGCGCAAGAAGGCGGCAGGCGAUGGGUUUGUCUGCCGCGACUUUGUGGAUGUUCUCAUCUCCCUGGACGAGAGUGACAAGCUCUCGGACCAAGAGAUCAUCGGCCUCCUGUGUGAUAUGGUGGGUGCCGGAUUCAAAACCUCCAUGGAGUCGAUCGAGUGGUGCAUGGCAGAAGUGAUCAGUAAACCCGAGAUCAUGCGCAAGGCCCAAGAAGAAUUGGAUCAAAUCAUCGGGAGGGAGCGCGCGGUGGAAGAACACGAUCUCCAAAACCUUCCAUUCAUCCAGGCGAUCCUCAAGGAGGCCCUCCGCCUCCACCCGGCGGUGCCGCUGGGAAUGCCCCACUACAACCUCCGCCCCGUGGAGCUCGGCGAUGGCCAUGGCACCAUAAUCCCCGCCAAAUGCAAACUCCUCGUCAAUCUCUGGGCGGCGAACCGCGAUCCAGCGCACUGGACAAGCCCCCACGAAUUCCAGCCCGAGCGAUUCCUGGGGACCAACAUCUCGCCCGGGGGGCAGCACUUCCAAAUCAUCCCAUUCUCCGCCGGGAGGAGGAUGUGCGCCGGCUAUGGCCUUGCCAUGCGCUCCCUCUUCUUCCUCCUCGCCAGCCUGCUACACGGAUUCAUCUGGAGCGAGAUCUCGGACAAUCCCAUCGCACUGGAGGAAUCGAUCGGAACCAUUUCGUGCCCACCUGCGAAGGACCUGAUCGUCGCGGCGUCGCCCAGGAUCGAGGAGCGAAUUCUCGCUCAGUACUAAGAACCCUAAUCUGGCAAGAGAAUAUUCUAGCAAAA